GUAAAAAGACCUAAUAAAAAUAUUAAGUAAUAUAAUGACGCAGAACUAAACAAGGACAUUAGUUGAGUAGAUUCAGUACAAUUAUAGAUAAUACUAUACAAAAUGUUUCGUCAAUUUUUAAGGGCUUUGGAACCAGUUAGAAAUAGUUUGUCCCGAGGUGUAGUGGGCAACGGAGCCGGAGCGACCGGCAGCAAGUUUGAACAAAACUGCGUAUCUAAGGAACAGCAGCUAACCGAGGCCCUCAAAAAGUCGCUGCCGGGGACCACUUAUGUGAGCGUGGAGGAUAUUUCAGGUGGCUGCGGGGCUAUGUUCGAGAUCAGUAUAGAGGCUAAAGAGUUUUCUGGGCUGUCCCGAGUCAAGCAACACAGGCUGGUCACAGACUCCCUGAAAGAAGAAAUUGCUGGGAUGCACGGGAUCCGCAUUCAUACCAACCCCACCCCGGACAGCAAAUGAUUUGACACAUUG